AUGCUGCCCGCCGCGCUGCCCGCCGCCCGCCGGGCGCUGCUCCCGCGGCCCCCGCUGCUCCCGCUGCCGCUCCGGCCGCCGCCGCCGCGCCGCGGGGCCCCCGCCGGGCUGCGGGCGCUGGGCACCGGCCCCGCGCGGCGCUCGGAGGCGCUGGCCGGGGCGCCGCUGGACACGGCCGCCAAGGAGUACUCGCCCAAGGUGCGGCAGCUGGUGCGGGACAUCGCGGGGCUGACGCUGCUGGAGGUGGCCGAUCUCAACGCGCUGCUCAAGGAGACGCUGAAGAUCCCGGACGUGGGGGUGAUGCCCGCGGCCGCCGCCGCCUCCCUGCUGCCCGCCCAGGCGGCUCCGCAGGAGGAGGAGGAGGAGGUGGUCCCGCUCAAGAAGGAGAAAACUCAUUUCACCGUCCGGCUGACCGAGUUUAAAGCCGCUGACAAGGUGAAGCUGAUCAAGGAGGUGAAGAACUUCGUGCCCGGAGUGAACCUGGUGCAGGCAAAGAAGCUGGUGGAGUCCCUUCCGCAGGAGAUCAAGGCCAACGCCUCCAAGGAGGAAGCAGAGAAGAUCAAAGCAGCGCUGGAGGCAGCAGGAGGGACUGUUGUUCUGGAGUAGGCUCGCCGUGGAGGGACUGGUGCUGCAGCUGCUGCCCCGGCCGGGCUCUGGACCUUUCCCAGUGCACAGUGGGAGCACUCUCCCAGAGAAUGCUGUACGGUUGGGCAGAGCUGCUGCCUCUGCCAUCACCAUGAACUCUACCUUAUAAAUACCCAAAAAAACCUGUACAAUGA